AUGUUGGUUAACAUGGAUAAACUUCUCGGUAAUAUGAAGUCUAAGCCGAUUGCAGGUCCAAAGCUAUUAUCAUUGGAUAAUACACAUACAUGCAAAGUCAAUCUUGAUUCAUUAAUUAUUGAUGGACAAACAGUACAAUCUGAACCGGUUCACACAUCCCAAAGCGGAUACAAUUUAGCACUUAGUUUUGGAAUAUGUGUUGAUGAACAGAGUGAAAAGAGUUAUCUGUCGAUAUCAUUCAUAAUUCUACCGGGAGAAUUCGACGCUAUUUUACCAUGGCCUUUUCGAUUUCCAAUAACAAUCAGUAUACUUGACUUGAAAGGAUCAAAAAAAAAUAUCAGUCAUUCAAUUCCAUGGGACGCUCGAAAAGUGAUCUUUAAUAGACCUGCAAGCAAUGCAAAUGUUUCGUUUCAAAUAACACAAUUUUGUCUUGUUGACAUACUUCGCGCCAAUAGCAAUACUUAUGUACAAGAUGGUUUCAUCUUUGUACAAUUACACAUCAAUUUUAUGGAAUCAUGUGCGCAACCAACUCCAAAUAAAGAAUGUAUUGAUGAUCAACGACCUUCAUUCGAUAAUAAAUAUGAAAAGAAAAAAUUAAAUUACGAAGCUGAUGAUUGGCAUCCAUUACGUAACGAUGUCAUAUUAGAUGUUUAUAAUUGUGAUUUAACAAUGAUUGUUAAACAUGGUUGUCUUCGUGGUGAACCAAUGAUUGAGAAUGGAUUAUGUUCGCUAUGGUCAGGAAUACGAGCAACUUAUGGAAUCGAUCAAGGACGUGUAGCUUUUCAAAUAAAAAUUCUUCGUUAUCUGCAUUCUUCUGAUUUAUUGUAUAACGAAAUUCCAUUUGGGAUUCGAGUUGGUUGGUCAACCAAUGAGAGUAAAUUAUCUCUCGGUGAUGAAUUACUAUCUUUUGGAUAUGAAGGAACAGGAAAAAUUUGGACAGGAAAUCAAUUUGAAUGGUAUGGCGAACAAUAUUCAGUUGGUGAUAUAAUAACAUGUUAUGCAGAUUUUGAAAGUGAACGUGGCCAUGUUUUAUUAUCUUUUGCUAAAAAUGAUUUGAAUUUUGAAUUAGCAUAUCGUAUUAAUUCUGAAGAUUUUCAUUCACGUCCACUUUUUCCACAUAUAUUCAUUAAAAAUAUUUCAUAUCAAGUUAACUUUGGUCAAUUAAAUACAAAAUAUUCUCUUCGACCAGGUUUUUGUUUUAUAAAUGAUUAUGAAGAAGAUGAUCGAAUUCGAGGUACAUUAGGUCCAUCGAGUAAAGAAGAAUGCGAAGUUAUUAUGAUGGUAGGUUUACCAGGAGCUGGAAAAUCAUUUUGGGUUGAAAGACAUUGUGCAAUUAAUACAGAUAAAAAAUAUAUUCUACUCAGUACAAAUAAUAUCAUUCAGCAAAUGAAAACAAAUGUAUAUGGGAAUAAUCGUCGUCGUAAAAUGUCAUUAUUUGAUGGAUUCUAUCGACGAGCUGUUGUUGUUAUUCCUGAUGAUAAUGAAUAUCAACGACGAAGAUAUAAACAACAAAUUGAUCAAAGCAAAUUCAUUCCUGAUUCAUUUAUUAACCAAAUGAAAGCUAAUUUUGAUUUACCUGAAGUAGCUGAUAUAUUCGACGAUGUUGAAUAUGCUGAAUUAACUUUUCGUUAUGCUCGUGAUCUCGUUAUGUAUUACCGUCAUCAAAGUCACAUAAUUAAAGAAAGAUUAAGAAAACCAAAUAGACGAAAAAAGAAAAAUAAUCUCAGAUCUAUUCGGUUUAGUUAUGAUCGACAUACGAAUAACAUUGAUUUAUCAUCCAAUCAUCAUCAUUAUCAUUUUCGUCCAUUUCUGUCUCAUCCUAAACAAUAUCAUCAUUAUUUGUCAAAAUUUGAUCAUCAUUAUUAUCGUAAUAAAAAUGGUUCAAAGUGA